AUGAACCCUCAUUUGGCCGAAAUCCAGCGGCUUUUGGUACCGGAAUCAUCGCAUUUGUCUUCACCAAGCGUCGAGUUCAUCCCACACCUAUACUAUGCCAUCCAUCAGGUAAAGAAGGAUCCCAAUAGCAGCACCGCAUCUCUAGAGGCUGCAACAUCGUCAAUCCGCCAUCGAUUGAAGCAGUGCAAGGCUCAUUUAGCGCAAAACCAUGAGUGUCGCGAGCUGCUCAGCAGCACGCCUGCAGAAUGGAACGUCACGCUAGCACAACGCGAAAAAGACCUGGAAGCAAAGCAGGAGCUAUGCAAACAGCUAGCUCUUCAAGUCAAGCAACUUUGA